CUCAGUGUGACGCGCGGGGGCGGAGUUGGCGGAAGAAGAUGGCGGCCUCCCGGGGCAUGUCCCUAACGGCCCGGGCGCUGAGCGCGGUCAUCCCCUGGCCCAGGGGCAGGCUCCUCGCGGCCUCUCCCGGACUUCGCACGCGUCGGGAAGAGUCGUCCCGCAGUCCCGAGGCUGGCGAGGGACAGAUCCACCUCACGGAGAGCUGCAUCCAGAGGCUUCUGGAAAUUACGGAAGGGUCAGAGUUCCUCAGACUGCAAGUGGAGGGAGGUGGCUGCUCCGGAUUUCAAUACAAAUUUUCACUGGACACAGUCAUUAACGCCGAUGACAGGGUAUUUGAGCAGGGUGGGGCGAGAGUGGUGGUUGACUGUGAUAGCUUAGCCUUCGUCAAAGGGGCGCAGGUGGACUUCAGCCAAGAACUGAUCCGGAGCUCAUUUCAAGUGUUGAACAAUCCACAAGCACAGCAGGGCUGCUCCUGUGGGUCAUCCUUCUCUAUCAAACUGUGACACGGUGACAGAAGGCCCCAAGAUUGCCACCAGUUGGGAUUUGUAGAAUUCCAGUAGUUUCCUCGUAUCAUGCCUCCCUCACAAUUUUAUUUUCUUGAAUUCAGGAGUGUGGUGUUUGGACACAGUUGUGUUCAGAAUGUGAAGCCUUUUACUCUUGGCUAAAGUCCUCUCCCCUCCCCCAGGACAAUGCUGAGGCCAAGUUUCAGAUGCUGUUACCUCAUAUUUAAUCACUGGUUGGAACCCAGUGUAAUCUCCACAGAAUUUAGAGUGACUGCUCUGGCUUGCAGAGUUGCUUGUAUAUAUAUGUAUAGCAAUGUAUAUAAAGCCUCGUUUUAAAGAAA